CCGCACGGCUCUCGCUCCCAGACUCUCACUCAUUUAUUUAUCUAUUUAUCCGUGACGCGCGUCCCCGCCGCGAAAGCCCGAGCGCUCCCCACUCUCUCUUCCCUUCCUCUUCUCCUCUCGGCAGCAUCCAGAACCAUAGAGCAGCCGUCCCCAUCACUCGCUUUCCUCCCCUCCUCCUCUUUCUCUCGCCGCCAGAUCGCUCUCUCUCUUUCUGCGUCUCUCACCCCCUCACCCCAUCCACCUCCCCAGCUCUGUCCCUCAUUCCUCUGACGCACGACAGGGAAACAUACCCGAGGAAAAAAAGAAAGGGAAAGAAAAAAAGAUAGCAGCUGACCCAGCCACAGUCGAUAUGAUCCACAGAUUCCUUCUACUGCUGAGCCGGAAAGAAACGCGGUCCUGAAACCGAGAGGAAAAUACUUGCACCCAGCUAUACCGUUGUUGAGCGCGCACCCGGGGGGCGGCUGUGGAGAAGGAGGGAGGGGGUAAAGUGGUGGAAGGGGAAGUGGACGGACACAAGCCGAGGACUUGCAUUUUAAGCAAACUGCUUUGAGAGGGAAAAAAUGUAGAGGAGAAAGAAGGGAAGAGAGUCAGAGUAACCGGAGAGUGAGAGUGGCAGAGAUCGCAUUCCUAUCACGUCUUCAUUUCUUCUCUCUUUUGCCUCAGCCACUGAGAGAUCGAGAGAGAAGAAGAAGAAGAAGAAGAAGAAGAAGAGAGGGCGAGAGAUAGAGAGAGAGGGAAAAGGAGAGGAGGGGAGAAGGAGAUCUAACAAGAUUCAAACUAGUGGUCUUUCCCCGAUGCUUUGCAAUUGCAACGGUUUCGUAUGUGUGCGCGCGCGCGCGAAGAGGGCAUAUUCUCUAUUUUUUUUGGACUCCGGACAUCGGACGCUAAGCGGGACGCACCGGGCAACAACAGGACACACUGCAGGAGGAUAUGUGAAGUUGGAAUCCUACUAAACUAAUGUUGUGAAGUGGCUCUGUCCCUGGAGCCAAGACUUCAUCCCUUUGGUGUCAGCAAGGAUGCUGUGGGUUACCUUGCUGAGCACCAUAGCCUUAGGAUGGACCACGCCGAUCCCACUACUGGAGGACUCGGAGGAGAUCGACGAGCCCUGCUUCGAGCCCUGCUACUGUGAGGUCAAAGAGGGCAUCUUCCACGUCCACUGUGACAAUAAAGGAUUUACAAAUAUCAGCCAGAUCUCCCAGAUAUGGAGCCGGCCCUUCAAGCUCAACCUGCAGAGAAACUCCAUGAGGAAGCUUUACUUUAACAGCUUCCUCCACCUUAACAAUGCCAUAUCCAUUAAUCUGGGCAACAACGCCUUGCAAGAUAUUCACGCCGGAGCGUUCAAUGGCUUAGGAAUACUCAAACGGCUGUUCCUGCAUGAAAACAAACUAGAAGUUUUCCGGAAUGACACUUUCCUGGGCUUGGAUAGUUUAGAGUAUCUCCAGGCAGAUUACAAUGUUAUCAAAAGGAUUGAAAGUGGUGCAUUCAGACACCUUCACAAAUUGAGAGUACUUAUAUUAAAUGACAAUCUGAUUCCUGUGCUCCCAAAUUAUCUUUUUAGGUCUGUGUCACUCACACAUCUGGACUUGAGAGGAAACAGACUAAAGACAUUGCCAUACAAGGGCACACUGGAGUAUAUUGGGAGGAGCUUAAUGGAAAUCCAGCUAGAGGAGAACCCCUGGAACUGUGUCUGUGAAAUUGUCCAGUUAAAAACAUGGCUGGAGAGAAUUCCCUACACAGCUUUAGUGGGUGAAAUCACAUGUGAAUAUCCUUUCCACUUACAUGGGAAAGACUUAAGGGAAAUCAAACGCAGUGAGCUCUGUCCUUUGCUCUCGGAUGCAGAGAUAGAGGCCAAGCUGGGAAUUCCCAGGAUUCCAUUCAACAAUGAGAACACAUGGCCUACUAAACCUUCCUCAAUGCUCUCCUCCUUUCACAACACAGCCUCUUCUGUGGAAUACAAGGAAAGAGUUGUAAAACCCACCAAACGACCUCGACCCACAAAGAACCCCCCAACUCCUCGUAGCAUCUACCCAGGCAUCAACCAGCCCCCAAUUGCAGGUUAUCAAACAAGGCCCCCUAUUCCAAUAAUUUGCCCUGCUGGAUGUAUUUGCAAUCUUCAUAUCAAUGACCUGGGGCUAACGGUAAACUGUAAAGAGAAAAGCUUUCAUAACAUCUCAGAGCUUCUUCCACGGCCCCUCAAUGCCAAGAAAUUGUAUCUCAGUGGAAACCUAAUACAGAAGAUCUAUCGUUCUGAUUUCUGGAACUUCUCAAGUUUGGAUUUACUGCAUUUAGGUAACAAUCGGAUAUCUUAUGUCCAGGAAGGCGCCUUUAUCAACCUACCGAACUUGAAAAGUUUAUAUUUGAAUGGGAAUGACAUUGAGAGACUCACCCCUGGGAUGUUUCGGGGGCUUCAUAUGUUGAGUUAUCUUUACUUUGAGUAUAAUGUCAUUCGUGAAAUACAGCCUCAUUCCUUUUCCCUGAUGCCAAAUCUCCAGCUGGUUUUUCUCAAUGACAACUUGUUGCGUUCCCUCCCCACUGAUGCCUUUGCUGGAACCAACCUUGCACGUCUCAACCUCCGCAACAAUUACUUCCUUUCCUUGCCCGUGCAUGGUGUACUGGAGCAUCUGACCUCGAUUGUCCAGAUUGAUCUCCAUCAGAACCCCUGGGACUGCUCCUGUGAUAUCAUUCCCCUCAAACAGUGGUUGGAAAAGCUCUCCUCUGUUAUUGUAGUUGGAGAUGUCAUCUGUAAGACACCAGAGUUUGCUUUUGGGAAGGAUCUGCGUUCACUUGAGGUUGAAGUCAUCUGUCCCGAGCUUAAAUAUUCUUCAGGCCCAUCCCCAGCUCUGCCUGGUGGGAAUGACUUCACCACAGGGAGCUCUGACAUGGGGGUGGCAGGUGGGAGAGGUGCUGUCCCACUGUCUGUCCUCAUCCUUAGCCUAUUAAUCCUCUUCAUAUCUGCUGUGUUUGUGGCCGCUGGGCUUUUUGCUUUUGUUCUUCGUCGCCGGAAAAAGUUGCCCUUCCGGAAACGUUCUGAGGUAGAUCUGACAGGGAUCCAAAUGCAAUGCAGAAUUUUUGAGGACCCACCAAGGCAAAGCAGUUCCGGGAACACUGGCACACCAGAGAAACCUACGCAGAGUAUGCACACACACACCCAUGCUAGUCACACACAUGCUCAUGGCCACGUCUAUGAUUACAUCCCUCAUCCUGUGACUCAGAUGUGUAACAACCCCAUUUAUAAACCUAGAGAAGGGGAGAUAGCAGAGGAGGAGAGAGCACAGUUUUCUGAGAAGAAAGACAAUGGGAGCAGUAGCAACAGUAACUACAGAACCUUAUUAGAGAAAGAGAGAGAGUGGACCCUGGCUGUCUCCAACUCUCAGCUCAACACCAUUGUUACAGCCAACCACACCACGGCUGACAUGGCAGGAUUUCAUGAGAAUGGAGGGCUCUGCCCAACAGUGAUUGACAGUCAGAGGCCCACACCUACUGUUGGUUUUGUAGACUGUUUGUAUGGGACAGUACCCAAAUUAAAGGACAUGCAUGUGGCGCAUGCACACCCACCAGGCAUGCAGUACCCUGAUUUGCAGCAGGAUGCACGGCUAAAGGAGACGUUGCUUUUCACAGCGGGAAAAGGUUGCUACCCCGACCCGUCCCAAAGUGAUUACCUUGAGUUGAGGGCCAAACUUCAAACCAAGCCGGAUUACCUCGAAGUCUUGGAAAAGUCUUAUCGGUUUUAACAUCUCUAGCCCAUGGACAAAAAAAAAAAGACACAACGUCAACUUAUUCACUUUGCCACCCUCAAAACAAACUCACCCAAAAUCCAUGUUAAAAAAAUGAAACAAAACAAGCAUAAAAAAACCAACUUGAAAAUGCAGCAUGAUAUAAAAUAAAAUAUUAUAUUACAGUCACAAUGUUUCCCCCCCAAAUCACUUUGGAGGAGAGGCCAUUCUCAGAUAAUUCAAUUAAGUGCCUUUUUUUCAGAGUAGCCAGCAAUGUCAACAGCCGUUAUUUUUAUAAUAUAUAAAUAUCUCAAUAAGUCCACGAGAGAGGAAAAGAGAAACAAGAGGGGCACUGGGGAAUAAAACAUACAAACCAUCCUACAUCUGUCACUAAAAUCCAUUUUUAUGGAAUUACACGAUGCUGUACCAGAUUCACUGAAGACGCACGGGAGCUGGACGUCUCCCUGAUUUUGGGGUUUUUCUUUCUCUCUUUUUCCCCUGACUAGGAUGUACAAACACCCGGAGGCCGUGCACAUUAAGUUUGUAGGAAAUGAUCAAAAGAGAGAAAAAAAGAAUAUAUAUACAUAUAUAUAUUAAAAUGAACUGCAGUUUGCUGCAUGCACUUGCUUCGGUGCAGGAAGUGAGAGGAUUUUCUCAGAACUAUCCAAUGACAUUAUGAACAGAGAUACUGCAACGCAUUUACAGUUCAGUGUUCUAUUUAAUUUUUAUAUCUUAUUAAUAUGGUUAUUACUAUUAAUGAGGACUUCUGUCUAUAUCAGGGUGCUUCUCGUAAAAAGGAUGCGCCGACGCACGGAUGGCAAAAACAUUUGUGAAUAUUACUAUAAGACAAUGCCGAAGGUUUUCUGGAUAUUUCCACACACUUUGUUAAGACCCAACCCUUCUCCCCCUUCUCCCCAACCCCCCACCCCACCCCUCCAUUACUUCUGGAUUCCCCAUCGCCACCCACUAACGGCUUUGUAGGAGGCACUUUUAAUGUUUUCUCUCUCACAAAGAUUUGAAGAAAAAUGUGCAUAUAUUUAUUCUGUAAUUUCAGUGAAGAAUUUAAUUGUAAAGGUAAUGUUAAAUCAGUGUAUAGUGAUUAUGCGUCUGGUAUAGCCUUCUUAAUAAAAACAAACUCUUCAAUCAAAUGAUGAAAGGCUGAAUUGGGCAGGGACGUGUGUGUGGAGCACUACUGACAGGGACUAUAUUGGGUGUCCUGUUACAAAAAGGCAUGAUGAAGCUCUGGUCAGCCAUCAUGAGAAAAUGCUGCUAGAGUCAGAAUAACAGUGUGCUAGACAAGAAUGUAGCGGGAAAAAACAUUUAAACUAAGUUCAGCUUAGUGAUAUUUUUCAGAUUAGUACUAAAUUUAUAUACGUUUUAAGUUAAGUGUUGGUAAGAUAACCAGAUUUAUUUAUUUUUCCUAAAAAUUUUUAUGUCUAUUCAUAGUAUUCCCUAUGGUCUUUACCUGCUGAAUGUCUUAGUGUACCGUUUUUUUCACCUCUACAUUGCUGGUCUCAGUUGGAUAAUACCUGGAGCAAAAAUCAAGUGCAAUGCCACAACACGUCACGUGAAUGCUGCGGGGUUUGAAGUGGAUAUAGCAGUUGAUACCAAAUCAGUGAGGCAUGCUGCGAUUGUCAUUAUCUAAACGGGUAUUGCUGAUGUAGGCUAAUAAAGAGUAAUUGAGAGGGUGAAUGAAAACGUGAUUGGAAGAUGCUCUUUGAAUUUGCACAUCUAAUUUCUGUGACUCCCUCCACAGUAGCAGUGUGGAUUCGUUCCACUGGAGGGCGAUAAAAAGGUGUUCAGAUUCAGUUGGGCAUUUAUUAGAUUUGAUGCAGUUAUGAGGUGAUGCACAAAUUGUUCAUCCUAAAAGGUCAUACAAUCUCAUAUUCAGAUGAAUGGUCAUAUGAAUUCUUUUUAAAGUAUAUAUAUAUAUAUAUAUAAAACAAAGAAAUGUGAAUAAAAUGCAGUGACAUAAAUUUGAUUAACUUCAGUUUCAUAACCGCUUAAUUUUUUUCACAUUUGUUGCCCUUUUGCUCCACAAACAUGUGCGUGUGUGUGCACAUGCACAUGCACAUAUACAUAUAUAUUUAUUUGUUGUUGACAACUAAUAAAUGGUUUAAGGUAAAUUAACCUCCAUUAUUCUGCUCCACAGGACUCAACGUUUGAUUAAUUUAAUGUUUUGUAAUAAUUCAAAUGUCCAUGUUUAAGCCUCAUUCAUUUCUGGGCCCAUGGCAGACAAAAAAGAAAAAUUAAGAAAUAUAUGGUUGAACCUGCUACAUUUGGGUGAAGAUGCUAUAGAACAGAUGCUGUCAUAGGAUCUUGUGAAAUUCUAAUUAUUAAAAGAAGAAGUUCUGUGUUUUUGAUACAUUUGUGAUCAUCUAUGGAAGGAAGCCGUGUUUACAUUGUUUUGAAAAUGGGGAUGAUAUGUACUGGGUUUUGUAGGAAUGGUGAGAGUUGGUUCAUAUGUGUCAGCCUACAUUAAGUGAAAGAAAAGUAGCACACCUGAUAUUUUCCUGUUAAAUAAGAAUGCCCUUAGCUAGUCAAACAGUCAUCUCCAAUAUCAGUGAUCUGGUCUAUAAACUCGCAUAGUAUGUAACAUUUUA